GUCUCCCGGGGUCCCUGCACUUCCAGUUACGUAAGCUCAAGCUUUACGUUGUCUCACUAGGCACGUCUUCGGGCGGAAGUGCAAUGACGGAAGCGGAAGUGGACACGCGUGAGACUGCGGGUCUGAAGUCUAGCUGAGGGGUCCGCGGCUACUGCUGAGCUCCUCUAGACUCAUAAAACCCAGUCAUGGGUGUGAGGGGUUUGCAGGGCUUUGUGGGAAGCACUUGCCCACAUAUAUGCACAGUAGUAAAUAUCCCCAAACUGGCGGAGCAGCAUCGCAGCAGGUACCCCGGAAGUACGCCGACCAUUGUGGUGGACGCCAUGUGCUGUCUCCGGUACUGGUACACACCGGAAUCUUGGAUUUGCGGCGGCCAGUGGCGAGAGUACUUCUCGGCUUUGAGGGAGUUCGUUGCGGCCUUCACGUCGGCCGGCGUCAAGCUGAUCUUCUUCUUUGACGGCAUGGUGGAGCCGGGCAAGAGAGAUGAGUGGGUAAAGCGGAGACUCAAAAACAACAGGGAGAUAUCCAAGAUUUUCCACCACAUCAAGUCGAAAAGAGACCAGCCGGGCAGAAACAUGUUCUUUAUCCCGUCCGGCCUGGCCAUAUUCACACGGUUCGCUCUCAAGGCACUGGGCCAAGAGACUUUCUGCUCGUUACAGGAGGCCGACUACGAGGUGGCCGCCUACGGCCUCCAGCACAACUGUCUUGGGAUCCUUGGGGAAGACACUGAUUACUUGAUUUAUGACACGUGUCCCUACUUUUCAAUUGGUGACCUCUGCCUGGAAAGUCUGGAAACCAUCAUGCUCUGUCGAGAGAAGCUCUGUGAGAGUCUCGGCCUCCGUGUGGCUGACCUUCCCCUGCUGGCCUGCCUGCUUGGCAAUGACACCACCCCGGAAGGCAUGUUUGAGAGCUUCCGGUACAGGUGCCUGUCAUCCUACACAGCUGUGAAGGAGAACGCUGGAAAAAGGGGAAAUACCAUCUUAGCUGUCUCAGACUACAUCUCCAAAGUUCUCCGCUUGCAUCAAGGUGAGAAAAGGGUAGAAGAGUUGCUGCCCUUGGGGCCAAACAAAGCUCUUUUUUAUAAAGGAGUGACAUCAUAUCUCUUGCCAGGGCAGAAGUCUCCGUGGUUAAUUCAAACACCCAAAGGCGUAAUAGCAGACAAGCAAGUGGUGAGUUUAAACCCCGAAUCCAAGCAAGAAGUUCCCAUGUGUAUAGAUUCUGACUCCAAGCAGGAAGUUCCCAUGUGCAUGGAUCCUGAAUCCAACCAGGAAGUUCCCAUGUGCACAGAUCCUGAAUCCAAGCAAGAAGGUUCUGUAUAUACCUGCCCAGAGUUCAAGCAAAACCUACCUUCGGAAACAGACUCUGAAUUUAAUGUAGAAACACGCAUGCGCCCACACCCUGAAAUUAAACAAGAAGAUGCCAUGGACAUGGAACCUGAGAUAAAACAAGCGACCACGGUGUCAGACUCCGAAAUCUUAAAGGUUGCGAGGAUGCAGCACAUCCACUCAGAAAGCUACCUCGUGUACAACAUUAUGAGCAGUGCAGAGAUCGAGUGCAGCAACACCCUGGAGGAUGAGCUGGACCAGGCCCUGCCCAGCCAAGCCUUCAUCUACCGCCCGGUCCGCCAGCGGGUGUACGCACUCUUACUCGGGGACUGGGAAGACGGAGCCAGCAUCGGCCCAGCGGUCAAGGAGUGGUUUGUGUACCCUGGCAACUCCCUGAAGCACCCAGACCUUGUUAGGCCUCUGCAGAUGACCGUUCACGGGGGAAUGCCUAGUCUGGAAGUCUUGUGGCUGAGCCAAGAGCCAGCGGCACAGGCCCGGCGUCUGGACACGUUGCUAGCCUGCUUCAACCUCUCCUCCUCCCGAGAAGAGCUGCAGGCUGUUGAGAGCCCCCUGAGAGCACUGUGCUGCCUCCUCAUCUACCUCUUUGUCCAGGUGGACACUCUUUCCCUGGAAGAUCUGCACGCGUUUAUCGCUCAGGCUUUGUGCCUCCAAGGAAAAUCAGCAUCACAGCUUAUGAAUUUACAGCUGGAUUACAUCAACUCCAGAGCCGUGCAGCUGGGGUCUCUCCUUGUCCGUGGUCUCACCACAUUGGUACUUGUCAACAGCGCAUGUGGCUUCCCCUGGACAACAAGCGAGUUCAUGCCCUGGCACGUGUUUGAUGGCAAGCUUUUCCAUCAGAAGUACCUUCAGUCCGAGAAGGGCUGUGCUGCGGAUGUCCUCCUGGAACAGAAUAGAUCGUGGCUCACCAAGUUCCACAACCUGAAGGCAGUGGUCUGCAAGGCCUGCUCAAAGGAGAACCGGCACAUCGUCAGCAGAACACAUUGGAAUUCUCACUACACAGGGAGGCUGGGGAGACAGGGCUCCAGCUCCCACAGGACAGGCUCCCCACACGGCCAUUCUGGGCAAGGGCAGCCGUGGAGACAUCAGGGUCCAGGAAGCAGACAGCACGAACAUGACCCGUGGAGGAGAUACUAGGCAGCAUACAGGUAAAG